UACAACUCCUACGUGGGCCGGGCCCACUUCCCCAAUCCCCAUCACCUCACUCCCACUGGUCACUACUCCCCACUCCUCACUUGCAACGGCUCGAACGCAAAAAAAAGCUUAUAAACCCAUCCCCACUCUCGUCUUCUCCGCAACCUCUGCUUCCUCUCUCUCUCUCUCUCUCUCUCUCUCUCUCCUUUAUAAGGAACAUUAGUGGGUAGAUACACAAUAAAGGAGCCUCCUUUUCUCAUCCCACAUUUCCCCUCCUCGUUCACCACCCUGCCCUUCUCCGCAUGCUCUGUUUGUCGGAGAGCAUGGGACCUCUCAGCGCUCGCUCCCUCUCGCUCCUCCUCCUCCUCUCCCUCCUCUCCUCCAAACACUCCGCAGAGGGUGGGUCUAUAGGAGUGAACUACGGGCGCGUGGCCAACAACCUCCCACCGCCGCCCAAGGUGGUGGAGCUCCUCAAGUCCCAGGGCAUAACGCAGGUGAAGCUGUACGACGCGGACCCGGGCGUGCUCCGCGCCUUCGCGGGGUCCGGGAUCAGGGUGGUGGUGGCGCUCCCCAACGAGCUCCUCGCCGCGGCCGCGUCGCGCCCGGGCUACGCGCUCGGGUGGGUGCAGCGCAACGUGGCGGCGUACUACCCGGCGACCCAGAUCGCGGCCGUGGCCGUGGGCAACGAGGUGUUCGCGAGCCCGCGCAACCUCACCGCGCUCCUCGUCCCGGCCAUGACCAACGUCCACGCCGCGCUCGCGCGCCUCGGCCUCGACGCCGCCGUGAAGGUCUCCUCCCCCAUCGCCCUCACCGCGCUCCGCGCCUCGUACCCGCCCUCCGCGGGCGCGUUCCGGAGCGACCUCGCGGAGCCCGUGAUGCGCCCGAUGCUCGACCUCCUCGGCCGCACCGGCUCCUAUCUCAUGGUCAACGCCUACCCCUUCUUCGCCUACUCCGCCAACGCCGCGCUCAUCUCCCUCGACUACGCCCUCUUCCGCCCCAACGCCGGCGUCCUCGACCCGGGCAGCGGCCUCAAGUACUACAGCCUCUUCGACGCCCAGGUGGAUGCGGUGUAUGCGGCGAUGGGGGCGGUGGGGGGCGAGGAGGUGAGGGUGGUGGUGUCGGAGACGGGGUGGCCGUCGAAGGGGGACGGGAAGGAGACGGGGGCGGGGGCGGGGAACGCGGCGGCGUACAACGGGAACCUGGUGCGGCGCGUGCUGUCGGGGAACGCGGGGACGCCGCGGCGGCCGCAGGGGGACGUGGACGUGUUCCUGUUCGGGCUGUUCAACGAGGACCUGAAGCCCGGCCCCACCUCGGAGCGCAACUACGGCCUCUUCUACCCCUCCGAGGACAAGGUCUACGACAUCGACUUCGUCCUCGGCGGCGGCAAUGGGAGCAGCAGCAGCAGCAGCAGUGGGGGAGGGUUGAGGUGGGAGGAGGAGAGAGGGGGAAAGGGGACGGGGACGGGGGAGAGGUGGUGCGUGGCGAAUGGGGUGGUGGGGAAGGAGCGGCUGCAGAGGGGGCUGGACUACGCGUGCGGGGAGGGAGGGGCGGACUGCAGGGCGAUACAGCCCGGGGCGGGGUGUGUACGAGCCGAACACUGGUGGAGGCGCAACGCUCCUACGCUUCAACAGCUAGAUACCGAGAGCAAGGGCCUCGGCAUCGGCACCUGCCGACUUCCAGGGUCGCCGCCUACGUUCGUCUGCCCCAGCCCCCGAUUGGCUAAGGAACUUAAAAAUAGUUUUGAGUUCCGAAAGCUCAGUUAUGUUCUCGACCAGGACCCCCCACGUUACACAAACCGUCCAACAGCUGAUCAAACGACAGCUCAAGAAAAAUGGACGGAUGACGAUAAUAAAGUAAGGAUUUGUAUGGUGAGCAAAAGCCGGGAUCUGCCUCGUUUUGAAGUGUCCAAAAGACUCUUUAAAGCCAAGAUGCAAGAUGGGCAGUCUGUUCAUGAUCACUGUUUGACAAUGAUCAAAGACCUCGAGGAGCUUGAGAAGCUCUUGGCGUGA